AUGCCCCGAUCCACCGCCGUUUCCUCCUACGACAAUGAAGUCAGCUCCCCUGACCCUCUUGCCACCUCCUCUAGCGGCGAGAACACGACUGGACAUGUCGCGGUCACUAAUCGAUCGCAAUCACCCAAGAAGCAGACCGCUCCUGUAAACAAGAGUCCAAAAAGAGCGUCAAAAUCAAUCUCCCACGAUUCUGCAGCCAUAUCAUCAUCUCCUUUUCGCGCUGUCUCAGAGCAAAAUCUCAGCCCAUGGAAGAUUAGGGUCACGGUCGAAGCAGAGCCCGAUGAUUCGGAAACGGGAGACGCAUCGCAGACAACAAUGACUAGGACGAUGAAGAUACCACUACGGCCAGACUCCCCCCGGGAGAACAACGCGAAAACGUCUACGAGGGGGAGGAAGUCUCAAUCAGCGGUUACCAAGAAUAAGAGAAGCGCGACACCGGUACGAGGAGGGACAAAUCGAAGCCGACGUCGAAGACCAAGCGUGACCGAUUUGGACAUAAGACCACUAGGAGACGAUGAGGAAGAGGAUGAUUGGCUCAAGUCGCAGGUCUCACCACGCAAGAGGCGAGCGUCUCGAAGCCGGAAGAGUACUCCAGUGCCAGAGACCGGUUCACAGGUUUCCUCGUCUUCUGGAAGAUCAACAAGGAAGAAAUCAACUGUUUCAGAAUUUGAAAUCCGACAAGAUACAGAUGCUGAAGGCGACGUUGGAAUUCUUCGUCGUCAUGAUGCUAUAUCGGAGGCUGAGUCUCCAGGAUUGCGCAAGAUUGACAUGAAUCGCGUGUCUGUCCGGCCUCGAACACUGCCCACAAAACUCCGAGCAGAUGAAGAACUCGAACACAUGGAUUCAAACGACCACAAUAACUCAGAAAUCGCCUCCACAUACAAACCUGCGGAAGUUCGAAGAGUGUCCGUUAACAGCGCGAUGAGCUAUCCAACUCCUUCUCCGACUUCCUCCUAUCAUAGAGAUUCGGAUGAUAUUGGAAAAGUUCCUGAUGCUGAGCCUGUUCGGGUUGACGAAAAUGAAGGGGUUGACUCAGUCUCAGAGAGUGAGGGAUUCACCAUGAUCGAUUUGGAUACGCUCCCCUCCGCCAGACGAUAUUUGAGCACCUCUGAAACCGAGGCAGGAAACCAUUAUCCAAACUCCGCUGAGGAAGCUUCUUCAACAAGCCAAGGAUCAUCAGCAGCAUUACAAGGGAAGGCGGAGAUUUCUCCCGAAGCUCUCCAGCCUUCAACCGACAAACACACCGUCGCCUGCCCUGCUCUGAACCUUGACGAAAGUGAAAUAUCAAGCACUGUCCCAUCGUCACCACCACUCGUGGAGCGGGAAAAAGGUCUUCUUCAGGUGCCGUCUUCAUCAUCAGCAGGACUGGCGCGAAAGGUGACACCUCAACCAUACUCUUCUCCUAAAUUGCCAUCCCCCCCCAAACAGAUUGUACGAAAAACUCCUCGGCAUCAACAUCGUGGAUCGGCCAGCGCUAUAUUUGCGGGUAUUGCAUUGCAAGAAGUGGUAUCGCCGGAACAUGUUAGUGAUAAACCUUCGUCGACGGAGGGAUCAGCCUCCGCACCAUCUCAGGAUUUGGAUGACGAUGAUGUCGUGUUUAAAGGCUUCGAUUCAGGUACCAAACGCGAAUUGAGAGCUGGCCUCAGGUUCGGAGAGGAACUUGCGAAAAGACAGUCGCCAAGUCCGCCGAUGGAGGCAGCUCCUCCAUCUACCUCUUCGCAGACACAAUCCAGGUCUGAUCUGACGACCGGAUAUCCGACAUCGACACAAGUCUGGCGUGGGGAAACCACCGUUCAACGAACACCACUCCAGAGCUCCGCAAAUUCCAGAUCCAAGGUGGUAGAGCUGGGCAGACCUAUAAUAGAGACGCCUCAAAUCCCAUCCCCGAAAAAGAGAGAUGAAACAAUUCUCGAUACACAAGCUCGACGUGAACGAGAAUGGCAACUCGAGAGAGAAGCAGUAUCGAGACAAAUUCAAAAUGCAAGCGAAAGCCAAGUCAUCGUGAUCGACAGUGAUGAUGGAGAUGAUGUUCCGGCAAAUGGGAGUGAAGAUAUGGCAGCUGCGGAAACACAAACCGCCGUUCCAGACGAACAAGUCGAAGGCGAGGAGGAAGAGGAUGUUUGGCUUGCAGAGGCGAAGAAUUCUUCCAGCUCAGAUCCCUCUCUCCUACACGCUUCUCAACCCACUGGAAACGAUCUCUUUACCCGCACAGAGCAACUCGAGCAACGCGAACGAGCAAAGGAGGUCGUGAGUAAGCCUAGAGGAUGUCUAAUACCAAGCCCUUGGAAGAGAGGUGAUGAUAUUUCUCCUCCGCAAGAACAAAACACUCUCUUAUCCACCUACACAGAUGACAUGAGCGGUCUGAUAUAUUGGAAAGAACCAGAAAGCCAGAUCAAAUUCGGCGCCGGUGAAAUUAAGAGACAACAAUGGAGGCACAGAAGUGGCAGUGGAAGAUUCGAUAUUGAUCUAAUGGCGGGGACACCGAGAAAGGAAGCCGUCGAGGAUGAACCUGUCUCUCUGGAAGGGUCAAGCUUUGCUGAAGAGGAUAAUGAACGGCCGAGACAUUCAUACAAUUCAACUGCAACUGACGGUGUGCGUGAAACACUACCGACGAAGCAAGCGGAAGAUGGUACUCUCGACGAGACGAACGAUAAUUUAGAGGGAGCCACGUCUCCUGAAGCUCCAGUGAAAGUCUCUGUGAAUUUCAACGAUUCGUCCAUAUCCAUUGGAACAUCACCAGCUCAGAUCGGACAUUCUCAACUUCAGCCGCCUUUCGCUGAUACCACCUCAAUAUCAUCUCCUCAACGACCACCCACUCCUCGCUCAGCCAUGAAAGGCUCUCGUCAAAUUUUUGAGCAAACGCUCGGGACACAGAGAACCGAUACACCAAUAAUGAUCAGAAAGGUGGUCUUCAGUGAAAGAUCACGCGGUGUGGAUAUUCACGGCCUGGAAGGGAGUUUCAGCAUAAGGACAUCGAGUGACGAUUCCAUGGGUGGUGAAGCCGGAAUGCAAUUGAAUCGAGAAUUGCUGUCUCAUGAGCAAGAGCAGGAAGAUUUACACGAUGUUGAAGUCCAACGUGAACUUGAGGCGGAAGAUGAAGAACCUCAAGCUCAGGCCGAAGUGGCCAUGUCGACUGCAGAAGAAAUGCAAACUCGACCUGCAACCGCCUGCAGGGACUGGAAAAAUUGGUUCUGGGGAUCAAAUCGGACAACCAAACCUACGUCGUCAACACCAGAGCAAUCAGACACCGAGCAAAAGACACAGAAGCAGAAGCUUUUCUCCAAGUCAACAAGGCCCUCCAACCUUGUCUCCCUUGAGAACAAAAGCCAACCUCUCGAAUCAGCCUGGGAGAAAGCCAAAGCCACGGUACCUUCUUCCGUUUCCUCCCACAAACCGCGUGGCAAGAGUGCUUUCAACCGCAUCAAACUGCCUUCCUACCUCCUCCCGCCAUCCUGUCCGUCCGAUCCUCUCCGACCAUCAACAUCGCCCCUGGCGCUAGACGGAAACUUCACCAACACCCACUUCCGCACUCUCAACAUCAUAUACCGAAAAUCUCUGCGUCCCAAGUUCCAUGCACCGGCGCGAGAUACGAUUCGAGACGAAAUCCUCGCGCUCAGAGGCGUAGAGAUGGAAAUCGACGAGAGCGAGAAUGGCAUAGACAGAGGUGUGUUCACUUGGAAAGUCAGUGAUGGCGAAUGUGAGGUGCUUGAGCGGUUUAUGCAGGAAGUUGAGCUGAGUCAUGGGUGGUGGAAGGGGAAAUGGGUUGGGAUUGGAGUAGGCGGGCAGGGUGAUGAUGAAGGCGAAGAUGAAGAGGAUAGAAAGGGAAUUCACUGGGGUUGGUCCGUAGAGCAGUUGGCGAUGUGGCUUUGUCGAAUUGUCGUGGGCGAAGCUGUGAGGGAGGAGGAACGAAAAUCCCAGUCCCGUUCUUCUAAGCUACUAGUAGCUGAUACAACGCUAAAGACGUUCACAGAAAACAGAAAAGAAGGGCAUGGCCAGGUUGGAGGCUAA